AUCCAUUUCUUCUUCCUCCUUAAAACACUUGACACUCACAGCAAACCCUAAACAAUUUGCUCUGUUUCCUUGCAAUGGAAAAGAUCAACGGCUGCAUAAAACACAGCCCAAUCCAUGGGCCCACCAAUCCAAUGGUUACACCACUCCUCACAGACCUUUACCAGUUCACCAUGGCUUACGCUUAUUGGAAAGCCGGCAAACACAACGAUCGCGCCGUGUUUGACUUGUAUUUUAGAAGGAACCCAUUUGGUGGUGAAUAUACAGUUUUUGCUGGUCUUGAAGAAUGCAUAAGGUUCAUUGCUAAUUUUAAGUUAUCGAAGGAGGAGAUUGCUUUUGUUAGAGGGUGUUUAUCUCCUACUUGUGAGGAUGGUUUCUAUGACUAUCUUGGAGGAAUUGAUUGUUCUGAUGUUGAGGUAUAUGCUAUCGCUGAGGGAUCUGUUGUGUUUCCAAAAGUACCCUUGAUGAGGAUUGAAGGCCCUGUGGCUGUGGUUCAACUGUUGGAAACCCCUUUUGUCAAUCUUAUAAACUUUGCGUCUUUAGUAGCUACAAACGCUGCAAGGCAUCGUUUUGUUGCUGGGAAGAACAAACUUCUUCUUGAGUUUGGGCUUCGGCGCGCACAGGGCCCGGAUGGUGGUGUAGGGGCGUCAAGGUAUUGCUAUAUGGGAGGGUUCGAUGCAACAAGCAAUUGUGCAGCUGGAAAAUUAUUUGGAAUACCACUUCGCGGAACCCAUUCUCAUGCUUUUGUUAGCUCGUUCACGGGACCUGAUGAUAUCACCGAGAAGUCACUUCAAAGUCAUGAGGGGUCGAGAUUAUGCAAGGAUUUUGUUCAUCUCACACAGAUGUGGUUGGGCAAACUGAAGCGGUUAAGUUCAUCCGAGGGCGUUUUUGGUGAGACUAAUGAAAGUGAGUUGGCGGCUUUUGUUUCGUAUGCACUGGCAUUUCCGGACAACUUUCUAGCUCUUGUGGACACAUAUGAUGUCAUGAGGAGCGGUGUUCCUAACUUUUGUGCUGUUGCUCUAGCACUAAGUGAUAUGGGGUACAAGGCAAAAGGCAUUAGAUUAGACUCGGGUGACCUUGCGUAUCUUUCAUGUGAAGCCCGGAAGUUUUUUUACACUGUUGAAAAGGAAUUCCUGGUUAACGGUUUUGGAAAGACUGGAAUUACGGCUAGCAAUGAUCUAAAUGAGGAAACUUUAGAUGCUUUAAACAAACAAGGCCAUGAGAUCGACUCUUUUGGGAUUGGAACCAAUUUGGUUACAUGUUAUACUCAACCUGCUUUAGGUUGUGUGUUCAAGCUUGUUGAGAUUAACAACCAGCCCCGUAUAAAGCUCUCAGAAGACAUCUCAAAGGUCUCCAUUCCAUGUAAGAAACGAUCUUUUAGAUUGUAUGGAAAGGAAGGUUAUGCUCUUGUAGACAUAAUGACUGGGGAAAAUGAACCACCUCCAAAGGAGGGCCAAAGGAUUUUGUGUAGACACCCGUUUAAUGAAUCAAAGAGAGCUUAUGUCGUGCCACAACGUGUUGAGGAUCUUAUGAAGUGUUAUUGGCCUGGAAGUGCAGACAAAGCAAGGGAAGAACUGCCAACGCUUGAGCAGACGAGAGAACAUUGUAUGAAGCAACUGGAGCAAAUGAGGACUGAUCACAUGAGAAGAUUGAAUCCAACACCGUACAAGGUUAGUGUAAGCGCGAAGUUGUACGAGUUUAUUCAUUUCCUAUGGCUCAAUGAAGCACCUGUUGGUGAGCUGCAGUAAGAAUGUACAUGGUACACAGGCAUUAUAGUUGUUUGAUUAUAUAAUAUGUUUUGUUCUUAGGUAUUUGGACCUUUUUUUAUGUUUUAGUUUGAUGACUUUGAUCAUAUCAUACAUGAAUAAAGGUUUAUCUGCUC